AUGGGGUUUUACCAUGUUGGCCAGGCUGCUUUUGAACCCCUGACCUCGAGCUUCAUCCUGGUGGGCUUCUCUGAUCGUCCCCACCUAGAGUUGAUCCUCUUUGUGGUUGUCCUCAUCUUUUAUCUGCUAACUCUUCUUGGCAACGUGACCAUUGUCUUGCUUUCAGCUCUGGAUUCCCAGCUGCACACACCAAUGUAUUUCUUUUUGACAAACCUCUCAUUCCUGGACAUGUAUUUCACCACAGGUUCCAUCCCUCAGAUGCUCUACAACCUUUGGGGUCCAGAUAAGACCAUCAGCUAUGUGGGUUGUGCCAUCCAGCUGUACUUUGUCCUGGCCCUGGGAGGGGUGGAGUGUGUCCUCCUGGCUGUCAUGGCAUAUGACCGCUAUGCUGCAGUCUGCAAACCCCUGCACUACACCGUCAUCAUGCACCCCCGUCUCUGUGGACAGCUGGCUUCAGUGGCAUGGCUGAGUGGCUUUGGCAAUUCUCUCAUAAUGGCACCCCAGACAUUGUUGCUACCCCGCUGUGGGCACAGACGGGUUGACCACUUUCUCUGUGAGAUGCCAGCACUAAUUGGUAUGGCCUGUGUAGACACCAUGAUGCCUGAGGCACUGGCUUUUGCCCUGGCAAUCUUUAUCAUCCUGGCACCAUUCAUCCUCAUUCUCAUUUCUUAUGGUUAUAUUGCAGGAACAGUGCUUAGGAUCAAGUCAGCUGCUGGGCGAAAGAAAGCCUUCAACACUUGCAGCUCCCAUCUAAUUGUUGUCUCUCUCUUCUAUGGUACAAUCAUAUACAUGUACCUCCAGCCAGCAAAUACUUAUUCCCAGGACCAGGGCAAGUUUCUUACCCUUUUCUACACAAUCGUCACUCCCAGUGUUAACCCCCUGAUCUAUACACUAAGAAACAAAGACGUUAAAGAGGCCGUGAAGAAGGUACUAGGGAAGGGGAGUGCAGAAAUAUAG